AUGGCUGCGCUUCAGACUAUCGAAGUUCCACACCUUGGCGGCAUCAAGGCCGGAUACGCCUUCUCUAAGGACCAUUAUGAUCCUUCCAAGCCGACAUGCGUGCUCAUUAAUUCGAUGUGCAUGACCGUGUCUCUUUACCAUGAUCAAUUCAACAAUGAAGUCUUGACUGAUGCCAUGAAUCUUCUGGCCAUUGAGCCAUUAGGCCAUGGCUCAACCAGUUCUCCCUCGGAACACUUUACGUACUGGGAUUCUGCUCACAUGGCUUUACAGGUCAUGGACCACUUUGGCAUUCAGAAAGCCUUCAUUCUUGGUCUUAUGCCCCUCGGAAGCUCCAUGGAUUACGAGUCCUUGGAUUCUCGGUCCAAGGGCUGUUGGGACCCUGCUGCCAAUCUCACCGUUUUUUACGAGAAGUGGACCAGUCCCUCGGCUACGCCCGACUUUGUUGUGGAUGACGUCUGGUGCGGACUAGUGGGGGGGAUUGGCUUUGGUGCCACUGCCACUGAAACGAGAUCUGCAUUCUGGACUCAGACCCUGAAGGAAGUGUAUAAGGGCGAUGAGGGCCGGAAAAAGGUUCGAAUGGCGCUCAAUUGCCUACUGGAGAGGGACGGGCUUCUACUUCGGAUCCGGGAUAUCAAAUGUCCUGUUUAUUGGUUACAAGGAACCGAAGACACUCCUUUUGGGACCAUCGUUCCUGCGGAACAUAUUAAACGUUUUACCUCGUCUGUGGAGGCUAAACUUGUGAUGAUUGAGGGGGUGCGCAUUACCUGA